AAAAAAUGUCGUCGGCAGCUCGCCGACGAUCGGCGGGCUUGCUGCUCGGCGCGGCCGGUCGUCGCGAGGGCCGUCGCUGCCCCGCCUCCUCCGCCUCCGCCUCGCCGCCGUCCUCCGUCGCCGCGGCGGCCAUCGCGCCGAGCCGCCCGAACCGCCGAGGCGAGGCGUCGAUGGCUCACACAGUCCCGUGGCACCUGCUGCGGACGUCGGCGCCGCUGCCGGCAGAGCUCGUGACGCAUCGGCUGAAGAGCUGUGACAGCGUGCGCCGCCUGCUGCAGCUCCACGAGGAGCACGCCGAUGGCUUCAACGCGUACCACGCGUCGGCGCUCUGGUCACGCGCCGGUCGUCUCGCCUUCUCCGAGCCUUCCGAGCGAGAGUGGGCGCUCCGGAACGAGGGGAGCGCCUUUGGCGCCGUCCGCGUCGCGACGGCGGCGCUCUCGCCGCAGAUGUCCGGCCGGAACGUCGCAAACGCCUCGUAUGGCAUCUGGCGCGCGCUCGGCGGCCGCCCGCUCCUCGCCGCCGCAUCCUCGCCCGAGCUCGUCGGCAUCGCCUCCGCCUUCGCCGCCGCCCUGCCGCAGCACGGCGCCGGGUGGGCGCCAGAGUACGCGGGCGGCGGGACUGGCCCUGCGAGAGGAGCGGCGGCGGCUGCUCCCGGCGCUGCCGCCGCCGCCGCCAGCGGCAUCGGCGGCGGCGGCGGCGGCGGUGGCGGCGGCGGCGGCGGUGGCGGUAUCGGCGGCGAGAGCGAGGUGGACGGCGAGCUCGUGAUGCUCACCAUGGCGCUGCGCAUCGCGCGCCGCAGCGCGCGCGGGCAGCCCGAGCUGCUCGACGCUCUCGGCGACGAGCUGGCGCUGCGGCAGACGGAGCUCACGUCGCGCGAGCGGCGGAUGGUGGCCAGCGCGUUCGCGUACCUCGGCCACGAGCAGCCACUGCACGCGGUUGGCGACGCGACGCCGCACCAGAUGCGAACGCUCUACCUCAACUUCUUCCCGGACAAGCCGCAGCUCGCCGACGCCUUCGCGGAGGCCCUCUCCGGCUCCUCCGUCUCGUCUCUCGACGGCGCGCCGCUGCAGCCCCGACCUUAG